AGGCAAGUUUAAGGAGCAAGCCACAUCAAAUUCCGCCUGGUUGCCAGUACUGAAUUCGAAAGUUCCAGAACCACGUCCUGGCACUUGCACAAACGAUACCGCUGCACUGCCUGAUUCAGUGUUGAAUUUCAUACGUAAACAUCCGCUAAUGGAUAAGGCGGUCGAUCAUGAAUUUGGCAAUCCCGUCUUUUACAAACGUGAUGUUAUCCUAACCAAAUUGGUUGUGGACAAAAUUCGCAUAGAUAAACUUAAUCAGGAAUAUUUGGUAUACUUCGUCGGUACGAGUACUGGAUUAAUUUAUAAAAUCGUACAAUUCGUACGUUAUGGAAAUAGGCACUCAAAUUUGUUAGAUAUAUUUGAGGCAGCACAUAAUGAACCUAUACGUGAAAUGGGCCUUAGUCCCAAAAUUGGUUCCUUGUAUAUUGCUACCGAUCAUAUGGUCAAACAAAUCGAUGUAGCUAUGUGCAAAGUUCGCUAUGAUUCCUGUUUCCGUUGUGUUGCAGAUCCCUAUUGCGGCUGGGAUAAAGAAACUGGUACUUGCAAGUCUUAUCAGUUGGGUCUUUUACAAGACGUUGCUAAUGAGACUUCUGGCAUUUGUGACACAAGUGUUUUAAAGAAACGUAUAACAGCUUCAUAUGGACAGACAUUACAUUUGUCGUGCUUUGUGAAAAUACCGGAAGUACUGAGACAAAAAUCGGUGCGAUGGUAUCAUCACUCAAAUGAACGAGGACGGUAA